AUAAAGUAAAGUACUUAUCUAAAGUAAAGUGGCUUCUUCAGUUCACGGACUGACGGACCUCAUCACAGAACAGCUUUUCUUAGCGUGGAGCUCUGUUUAGCGCCAUUAAAAUGAAUGGAAAUGCUUUUAUAUUCUGUAUUCUUCUCCUGAGCGUCACCUUGUCCAGUGCCUAUGAAGAAGGUUAUAUCAGGCUGGCUGGUGGCCAGGAAUACUCCGAGGGCCGUGUGGAGAUCUUUCACGAUGGAGUUUGGGGGACGAUUUGCGACGAUGGCUGGGACAUAAAUGACGCUCACGUAGUGUGUCGACAGCUGCGUUUCCCUGGUGCAGCUGAGGCUCCUGGAUCAGCUGCGUUUGGCGCCGGGGUCGGUAACAUUUGGAUGGACGAUUUAACCUGCGGUGGGUCGGAGAUUAACCUACUCCAGUGUACGUUUCCUGGCUGGGGGGUCCAUAACUGCGGUCACGGCGAAGAUGCCGGAGUUAGAUGUGAGAAAGGGGCGGAGCCUCAGAGCAGGGACUUCAACCACGAGUACACGUUGGACCACAAUGCGAGCCUCUCUCAGCAGCUGGGCGAGCUGUUUGACAGCAGACAGGACUGUGACGUGGACAUUGCAGUGGCGGUGGAUAACAACAUAGUGGAGACCAUCUGUGCUCACAGGGUCAUCCUGUCUCUCAAUUCAAACCUCAAGGCUUUGCAUCCAGACCUCAGCAGCCUACUCAUUAAUGUCUCUUCUGAUUGCAGCCAACAUGCCAACAUAUUUGUCAGAUACUUCUACACGAGGAAGAUUACGGUCACAUUGGCCUCCUCCCACUGCAUCCUGAAAAUGGCAUCUGACUGGGGCCUGACUGAAUAUCAUAAUGAGGCUGCAAAUCUCUUCAGACUGUUUCUCCCUGAGGAUCCCACCUUCCAAAGUCAGAACUCUCUUUAUGAGUACGCAGUUCGCAGAAGUGACGACACACUGCAGCAACUAUGUCUUCGCUACCUGGCGUGGAACUGCGAGGCACUGAUCAACUCCCCGGCCUGGACAAGCCUUCCUUUUAAUCUGGUCAAAGCACUCCUUUCUCGCUCAGACCUCGUGGUGCGUAACGAAACAGUCGUCCUGAGCGGACUGGAGAGAUGGGCAGAAGCUCGAGGAAACGCAACAAUGCGUGAGAUACUUCUAAAGCUCGUCCGCUUCCCGAUGAUACCAGCUGAGGACUUAUACAGUCUUGACAGCUCAGAGUACCACGCUAGCAAGCUGGAGGGGUUUCAGUUUAAUGCUCUUCCUGUAAAAAUGCUCCUCAGCGACCUGACAGAAACCAUCUACACACCCAGGAUUUACACUGGCAGACCGUGGAGCUUCACCUUCAGCAGUCAGGAGAUCCGAGCUUACCAGCACUCCGGGGUCUACAUCCUUCGAGGCCAGCGUGUCAGCAGCCUGACGUCUGAUUUACAAACACCGGUUCAUAACAGCGCCUAUUUCGCUUUUCACACCAUGCGCUGGAAAACCACGGCCUACGUCAGAGAGGAAGACUGCACAAAGCAAAGUGUUACUUGUGCUUCUUUACCAGCGAUCAGCUUGAAGAUUGAAGAAAAGAAUUUACCCAGUGAGAUGGAGGGCCGCAUCCGUUACAGCAACAGGCUCGUUCUUAUGUGCGCAGGAAGGCACGUGUUCCACGUGAACGAAUUUAAUGCUGUUGACAGCGACAGCCCCAUAGCUGUUCCCAGCAUCUCAGAACAAGUCUACCCGUGCCACUCAAACCUGUUCUCCUACCAGGUGGUGGUACGUCCUCAGUACUCAACAGAUUAGAUCUGACUAGAGAACUUUAGAGAAGGAGCGUGUGCGUCAGUGCAAGAACUGCACACACAUAAUGCUUUCUGCUCUCUCCUUCUUACGUGCAGCGGCUGCAGGUGGAAACCUCACACUCAAAAUUAAGGUGGCUACUGGAGCAGGUAGAAUUGGCUUCAUGCAAGUUUUCUAAACAUGAGCCAGCUUGUCCUGUAGUUGCUGUGGAAUGCAUCGCUGUGGCUUGUUUGGGCACAUGGUGUUAGUGUAAACCUGGGCAGAGAGCAGUAUCACCGCAUUUCUAUCUGAUGAUAAAUGAAAAACUAAUAAAAAAGGUCUGGUCUACUGUUAUAAUCACUCUGUGGUCUGCAGAAGAUCAUCUUUUAUUAUGCAAUGUAUGUGUAAUCAGAUUACAGUGUAAUGUACAGUGUACUGUAAUGUAUUUGAUUCACUGAAAAUAUUUACUGUCACUGCCAUGACAACAGUCCAGCAGUCUUAGCACAAUCUGUCUGUCCUAAUACAAACACAGUAGAAUGAUAGAAUAGAGACAGUUAAAACAGUUAUUAAUAAUACCUGUUAAAGUCUGCUGUAUGUAAUAGAGUGUUUAAACAUACUGCAGGCUGCCUCCUCCUAUGGUGUCAGUUUGAAAAUCCUUCAUCGCCCAGGUCUCAAGUUAUCGCAUUCACAAGACUUUCUUGAGGUGAAGGUCACUGAGAUUUGAAUUCAUCCAAGAUUUUGUGUAGAGACACCUGCGGCCCACCCGCCCAACGGUGGGGUGAUGAUGAUACCAAAGGCUGAUGGAUUGAAAAUAAAUAUUUAAGAAACAAAACAAACUCUUUUCCAAUGAAGUUACAAGUAAA